UCUCAACUUUCAACUAAUGAACUUAAAUGAGUAUUUUAAAGUCUUUCAAUGUUUAAUACACUUAUUUUUAUGUUUCAAAGACUCAUCACUACUACAUUUCUAAUUAGAUGCGAAGGUUCAGAAAAGCCUAAUGCAACACCUCACAUAGAACCGUUUCAAUAGAUAGGGCUAAUGCAACGGUUUCCUUUAUAACAUAUUAAAAUUUUCUUCUAAUACAACGGGUGUGAUAAAUCGUCGCAAUAGGUUGGCUAAUGUAACGCUUUGUUAGGCUAAUGUAACGGUUAUGAUAAUAAAUUUCACCACAUGCAUUCUUUUACUCUUUCCCUCCCAUUAUUUCCCAAAAAUUUAAACGCCCGCCCUUAGAUUAUUUUCCCCAAAAUUUUCAAACCCUCAGGCCUCACCUCGCUGCUUGAAUUGUUUCCCAAAAAAAUCAGAGGGAAAAUAAAUUCAUGAAUGGAGAGGACAGAGAUUGAGAAGAAAUAGAUUCAAAGUUAGGGUUUAGUUAUUGACGGUUUAGGGAUGCAAUUUGCAAGUAUUUCUGAGCAAUUUCUCGCAAGGUCUAGCAAUUAGAGGAAAUUUCUGUCAAGAACACUCCACAAGUCUGCAACAAAUUACAUGACCAUGACAAAGGAAGGGGCGACGAAGGAAGGAGACGGGCCAUCCAUUCAAACUAUAAUCCCAUACCAUAGAUUCAAAAACUCUCACAAGAUGGAAGCCAAUAAGGCCAACUUUUCUGGUCAACACAAUCAGGUUGGAGUUCCAGAAUAUGAAAGAAUGCGGAUGGAGAAGUUGAAAAUGAAUGUAGAAAGAAUGAGUGCUAAAGGUGUCGGGCUCUUUGCUAAGAAAAUACUACAAGAAAAACUUCAUGGUUCGGGUUUUCCAAAUGGAAAUCGCAAUAACCAGGUGGAAGAACCAGAUGAUGAGUCAACAUCUGAGUAUGACGGAGGCGGUAAUGAGGAUGAAACUACUAGCAACGUGGAAAUUGAAAAUUUCACCUGUCGUAAAAAAAAAGUUUGGACACAGAGGAUUGAUGAGUUAGUGGAUGGUCCAACCGCCUACGGACUCAGCUGUGUUAGAUAGCUGGGAAAGAUGCUUGAGGACAUCUUUGAUGGAUACCCUCAUGACAAAAUUGAUGCUGCCUUGGCUGACACUGUCCAACAAUAUCCCUUAGAAAUCAAGCUGUUCAAAUAUUUGAUGAAAGGAAUGAGAACAGACACGUGGAAAACUCGUUAUGAGAACUAUGAAGAGCUUGAACAGUAUUGCUACUAUGUAGCAGGAACUGGUGGCAUAAUGACUGUUCCGAUAGCAGGAAUUUCACAGGAAUUUCACCAGAGUCUGGCUUUAAGGGGGAGAGUGUACCUUCCACAAGACGGGCUAAGAGAAUUUAGACUGAUAGACAAGUAAUUUUAGUAGUAAUUUUAGUCGUAUCUAGGUAUUGCCUUACUUUUUUGUUAAAUUUCAUGUUUUUAUUUGAGUAAACAUGAAGGUUAUUAUAUUAUUUAUCGUGUUUUAACUAGUGUACCAUCUU